AGGCAGUCGGCGCACAGCAUCCAGCAGCAGCGCUACUAGCGGCAGCCGAACGGAAAGACUCCCAGGCAAGUCGUGGCCGGUUACCUGUGUGCCCGCAUGCGUGUAGACCAUGCGUGUGCCUCGGCUGCGUGGGUGUGCGUCGAGGUAGCCUACCUGGCGGCGUCCAACACGCAGUAAACCGCGCGCUCUUUCGUAUCCACGGUCCGGAAAGAAGGGACGUGCGCGCCUUCUCCGAUUCUCGACGGGUUUCCCAUUUUCCCUGCGCCGUUUCCUACGCCGCGAUUUCCACCGGUAUACGGGAAAACCGCGUCGGAACGCCGCCGGAGAGAAAUCGUGAAUCGGUGUGCGACGAUAGGCGAGAGCGACUCGGCGCGGUUCCGUUCCGAAAAUCGUGUGCCCGAGCAGCCCGCAGUGCGUUCGGAUCAGUGUCGCUAGUGUGGGAUCCGUGUAUGUGUGCUUACGUGGGUGCUCGCGGUUGGAUUCGUCGCGAUCGAGCAGCAACGGCGAGACGGGUCCUGGUGGCGAGCUCGGCGACUCGAUGUAGCCGAUCCUGGUGUCGCCACGAAUGCUUCCGCCAGCGACCGCUGAAUCUCCUCAAGAUCGGGAAUCUCGGCCGGAGAUGCGACCGCGGACCAUCGGCGCAGAGUAAACGCGUGUUCCGGAAGCGUUCACGGCCGAUCUGCACCUGGUGUGAUUGGUAUGCCGACGGACAUCGUGGCGUCGUCGGCCUCGGUCUCGGUGACCGUCUCGGAGGAGACGAGCAGAGGUCGGGACCCGAGCCUUGGAUCCUCGUCAAGGUCAGGCUCCUCUUCGGCAGGUGGAUCCUCUUCGGGGUCCGCGGCGCAGUCGACCUCCAGAGGAUUCGACCCGGCUAGCGCCCUGGCUGCUUAUCACCACCAUCGGCAUGGCCUGGUGGCGGGUCUGGGUCACCCUCAUCACCGGGAAUCGUCGGCGUUCGUGCCGGUGGUGCCUUCGCGGCUGCACUUGGCACCCUACCCGGGCGACAUGCACCCUCACUUGACCGGGCCGCCACCGUCGUCGUCCGCGACGAGCAGCUCGGAGCACGAGGUCGGCGCAGAGCCCUCUGUCGCCAGAAAGUCCUCGUCCAGCUACGAGAUCAUGGCUAUGAUGGUAGAUAAAAGGAAGGAGCUGGCUGCCAGACCGCUCCUCCUCCCACCGCCACCCCUUCUGGAACCGCCGCCCGGGUACCCGGUGUUCGCAGGGCCCUUCCCUGCUGGCUCGGCGCUCUACCCACCCGGUGGGCCCCUCGCCCAUCAGCAUCUAGACAGAAGGCUGCUCCGAGCGCCCGGCAGAGCGUCCAGGCCCAAGAAACAGUUCAUCUGCAAAUUCUGCAACAGACAGUUCACCAAGAGCUACAAUCUCCUUAUACACGAGAGGACGCACACCGACGAACGACCUUACUCCUGCGACAUCUGCGGCAAGGCUUUCAGGAGACAGGAUCACCUCAGAGAUCAUAGGUACAUCCAUAGUAAAGAGAAGCCGUUCAAAUGCGGCGAGUGUGGCAAGGGCUUCUGCCAAAGCCGCACCCUGGCGGUGCACAAGAUCCUACAUAUGGAGGAGUCCCCGCACAAGUGUCCAGUCUGCGCUCGUAGUUUCAACCAGCGCAGCAACUUGAAAACCCACCUCCUCACUCACACGGACCACAAGCCGUACGAGUGCACCUCCUGCGGCAAGGUAUUCCGCAGGAACUGCGACCUCAGGAGGCACGCGUUGACCCACGCUGUAGGGGACGUGCCGCCGGAGGCCUUAGAGGAAGCCCUCAGGGACGACGACAGUCCUGAGGAAGACUGUCCAGAGACAGGAUCGUCAGCGUCUGGAUCCGGGUCGGCGUCGACGUCAGGAUCCGCGAACACUUCCUUGCCAGCAGCUUCGACAACUCCUUAUCCUCCUCAGGGGUCCUCGGGGCCGCCGCAACCACCCCCGCCAGCGUCCUCGUCCACUCUCCCCCAGAGACCUCAACUUCAAAUCAGAAGAGACCUGUUGCCCACCACGAAACCGUCCACGGUGACGAGUGGUGGGAUCGGCGGCCACUCGGUAGCCCAGAAUCCGCCGCCGGCCCAUCCGCCCCCGCCGCCGCUGAUUUUGACCUCGUACCGACGAAGAAUCGGGUCACCGGGUCCGUCCAGAGUGCUUCUAGAGCUGCAGGAGCGCGAGAGGGAGAGGGAACGGGAAAUAGAGCAAUCCAGAGAAAGGGAACGCGACAGAGAACGCGAGGAAGAGGUCUCGCGUCCGCCCAGAGCACCCACCCCGCAACCGCCACCCCCUCCCAGACCAGCUCCUGCUAGACAAGGAUUCACCAUAGCCGACAUCAUGCGCCGGUAAAGGGAGAAGAAGAGCAAAGAACAUCAAUGAAAAAUACCAAAUGAUUGUCUGCUGUGAAAUUGGGCUCGGAGAGACUUGCCUUAGGGACGAAACGUGUCAUGGAUAUCAUUUGGGUAGCUGAAGUGAUGGUUUUGACAAUUACUAUUUUUGGAUUGUGUGCAGCAGUGCUGUCCACGGGGGACAACCGAUGGUCCCCACCACCGCGCUACGACACGAAGACGGCGAAGGUUCAGUAAUGGGUCCUACUCCUGCACACCUUCAGGUCUCAGCUUGAUCCGUUAACGAGGGUCGAUUUAGAAAUUUUCUUUGCUCCGAUUGACUGAUGAUUCACCGCUGAGACAGGAUCCACUGCGGAUUGAAUGCGCAGUAAAAUGGUGGGGAUGUGCGCGCCCACUUAGGGAGUAAGAAAAGCGUGCAGCAGCAGGUUCCAUUACUGUACUUGCUGUCGUGCUACAGUAGUGCACACCAAGAGCCGUUUCACACGAAGAUACCUGCAUCGCGAUACGUGUACGUGGUACAGCGUUCAGCACAAGAAAAAGUAUCGUGAUAUACUAUAUUGCCCUCUGAAUGCUCCCAUUUAAUUACAGGUACAGGUCGCGGUAUUCAUCAUACGCGCAUCGCAAUACAAUCAUCCUCGUGUGAAACGGGUUUUAAGCGGACGCGGUGGUGUAUUCUGCGAAUUCACCUAAAUGAAGGAGUGAGGAUACGUGCGACUAGGUCACCGAUGUCCGAUGUUUCACUCGGUACGCUCGAACUCCACUCUAAAGCCUCACUUCCUAGAAUUGGUGGGGAUAGAAGUGGACGAUUUAGUGAGCAAAGAAAGUGUGCACGUAAGUGUGCACUACUGUAUUCAGAGCUGAUGAGAAGACGCCUUUAAGGAAUUCGGGCACGAUUGGUUGCAACGCUCCGCCUCGUCUCACAUGCAUUUUCAAUGUUGCCUUACCUGAGUCUAGGCCUAUACGGUCACAUCUAGAGACGAGAUCGUACGACAAAGAAAGCGGACAAGGUGCGUAAUGAAAUGGGUAUUUUAUCAGGUAAAAUAGAAGUCGGCAAAGCGUAAGCAUAUACGUUGAUCCACAGCCGUCACUACGAAAGAAGUCGGUAGUGUAUAUUGGUGCAUAGAUCUUGUGACUAUGUCAAUAGGCUCCAGCAAGCAGUCAGGUAGAAGCGUGGAUAGUACGGUCAAGCGGAGCCAUCACUAGUUACCCCGCAAUACCCCCAGAGGACUGCUCAUCACCUCUGAAUAUGUAAAUAGCUUUGCCUUCUUCGGCAAAAGGACGCUUGGAUGGGAAAGCCAGCGCAUUGGGGAGGGGGGGCAGCGUGGACAGCACUGGUGUAAAGCUGCGUGAUAGAGAGUCCGAUCUCAGACCUGGAAAACAUUUGAAAUGAAAAUGAGAAGUAACUAUUUGAAAUAAUCCAUUUCGAAUCAUUAUUUACUAUGCUCUUAUCUAAAAAUGAAAAUAUUGAUUUAUUUGAAAUAAUAGCAAUUUCAAAUCAUUAAUUAUUUAAUUACUUUGUUAUUUAAAAUAUGGCAAAGGAAAUAACCCUCAAAUAUGAGGGUUAUUAGAGAAAAUUAUCUUCAAAUAUGAUGAAGAAAAUAAUCCUCAAAUAUUACAAAGAAAAUAAUGCUCGAAUAUGAGAAGGGAAAUAAAAAUAAUAUACUAUAAUAUUAUAGUUUUCAUUUGAAGAAAUCUUUGCAGCAAUUUGCUUUGAGUAAAACGUUUUCCCCAAAAAGUUCAUCCUUAACACGUUGUGUGUUACGUUUAUCAUGUUUGGGUGACACUGAUUUUUGACCAAAUUGCAAAACUCGUACUUUUACUAGGAUGUUGAGAAUGCAGAAGAGUUAAGAUACCAUCCAUUAUGGUCAAUUUUAACUCUGCAGUUUCAGUUUCAUUAAUUAAAUUAUUGUGGGAAUUUUUGAGAUUCGAAUUUUUGACAUUUAACGUGUUAAGAGAUUUUUGUGUGGGCCCAUUAGUGCAGAAAAAUGGAAGACGAAUAUUAUUCUUCAGAAAAAUGUUCCCCAUUAUUGGAUAAGCAUUUAACGUAGUCAGAUCGGUACUUUUAUCUUGCGGAACUGUCAAUGAGAAUGUUAGUGUAAACCAGACACACUGAAAUUUAAAAUCGAACUCAAUUUCCAAGAAGAAUUUCACAAUAAUUGUUGUAAAUAAUGAUCAAACGAAAUAACAUAUUAUUUAAGAUAAUAUUUCAAAUAAUGCGAUUUGAAAAGUGAUUACAGACAUGGAAAUAAUUGUGGAAUAAAAUAAUGUGUCACAUUUGAAAUAAUAUUUCGAAUAAUGUCAUUUCAAGUGUGAACCAGGUCUGAACCUGAUCACUCGGAAGUGUUUACUUGUAGACAGAGGGAAUUAUUCGAAUAGUGUAAAUCCACGGUUCUAUCUUUGAUGGUGCAAUUAGAGAUUACGUUGAUCGAGAAUAGGAAAAUUUUAUUGAAUAGUAUAGGGUAUAUACAAACAACAAGCUGAACCACAAAAAAAAAAUUGUUGUAGUUUUUGUACUUUUAUACUGUGCUUGUACAUUUGAACGAAAUGCUUGUUUAUUAAAGAAGGAUUUAUCUAGUUGCUUCCUGAAUAAUUCACCCACCUAUCUGGUUUCAAAGCCUGCGUUUCUUGAGUCAUUUAUUUAAGAGCCGAAAUUUGUGAUUGUAUUAGUAUACAAUAAUGAGAUAAUCCUUUUGAAUUUGCUAUUGGUCUAUUGACAUAUGUAAUUUUUCGUUUAAAUCGUUUAAUUUAGUCUAUUUUAUAGUUUCAAUAGUUUUGUGAAAUUUUAUUAUUUUCAAACUUGAUUUACUUCUUGCUGUUCACAAAUUUAUUUAUUCUCUUUUUGGUACCAAACAAACGAGGCAAUUGUUUGUUUUUAUUAAAUUAUUUACUUUAUCUUGUUCCUAGUAAAAGAUAAAACUGUAUUGCCAAAAACAGAUUUCUGUUGCUUGACGUUGGUAUCAAAUGAUGUGAUCAAAUUCGGUAAACUCGAUUAUAUAAACCAUAAUUAUUUACGAACGACGUUCAAUUAUGACAAACGUACUGCCGAACCCACAUAUGGAUUUACAUUGUUCAAAUUUUCAAUGUCUCGUUGUACGACUGAUUGAUCGGAGAGUAUUAUGCAAUAAGAAACAUCACGGUGUGGUAGAAAUAUUACUACAGAGGUUAAAUAACAAAAUGUUACAGCGAGUAAUUACGGGGAUAGAUAUCGUAAAAAUGAUAUUUCGAAUAACAUUACAAUUUUAUCGAAAAGGAAAUUGAUAUUGACAAUAACGAUGGUAUUAGCUAUAUUCUUGUAUAAAGGUAACAAUGCCAACAUAUACAAUUCGAAGCUCUUUUGUACAAAGAUGAAACUUUUUAUUUCUUAUUUUAUAAUUCUGCAAGAAUGUUUUCCCUUUAAGUAAGAAUACUUCAUAUAGAAAUGAACAUAGAGUAAUUGUUACCCGUUAACGGAUACUGUUUUAUUUUUGUUUCUUGCUGCUCAUAAAUUUUGUUAUUUAUGAACGCGUCGACAUAAAAAUUCUAAUAAAACGACUAUUUGUUCGUGUUUCGUUACUGAAUAAUUUCCGACAAUAUUUUUACUGUCUCGUGAUGUACAUUCUAUUAGUAUUAGUAAUUGAUGAUUUUGUGUGCAACGUCCAUGGAAAAAAAAAGAAGUGGAGAGCAGGGAGAAGCAGGUUGGAAGAGUACAAUAUAGAUAGUUGAAAACAUCGACAAUGAUGAAAAUGUAUUAGUGCCUUAAGAUGAUAUUUUUGUAUAUAUAAAACAAAUGUUGAAAUUCAUUUGAUAUUGGAA